AUGACUUCUGCAUUAAAUAUUCACGAACAAACCAAAGAAAAAGCUUUCGAACGAAUUUUACGAAGAAUUGAAACAAAUUCCCUGAUCGAUCCCAACUAUGAAUUAAAAUCGCGAGAUGUUCUCGAACUCUACAGUAUUUUUGGAACGUUAACAUUUCGAGCCUUGGAAUUAUUAGAUGACUCGAUUGUUCGAUAUUUUACUUGCAAAAAUCGUGUCCCAAUUAUCAUCACUCAAAGGAUGGAUGAGAAGAACAACGUUUAUGUCUUUUAUGCGGGAUAUAAUUAUUGUUCCUGCGAUUCUUUUAAAUUUAAUGUCAAAACUCACAAAAUUCAGUAUACGUGUAAACAUAAUUUAGUCAGUCGAAUUUCGAUAGCUUUAAAAAAAGAAGUUAUCGCGGAAUUGUCAGUUUAUAAGUACAAACAGCUCUUGAUGUAUAUUGAGAAAUUGGCUCAGAAUUAA